CUCAUAGAUUCAAGGUUUAGGAGAUGAUGGGUGGUGGUGAAAUUGAGAAGUUCACCGAAGUAUGGAUUUCAGCCAUCUUAUGUCUAUGUUAUUGUUAUUACAUAUCUUCAAGAAUACCAAAAGGCUUCUCGAGACUCCUCUCACUAAUCCCCAUUCUCUACCUCUUCAUCAUCCUUCCCUUCAAAAUCUCUUCACCUAACCUAGUUGGAUACACUUCAUUCUUCCUUGUUCAACUUGGCACUUUCAAGAUCAUUCUUUUCUCCUUCAACCAAGGCCCUCUUGCCCUAUCCCAAAACAUUUUUCAUUUCAUCUCCAUAGCUUCUCUCCCCAUCACCCCCAAACAAAACCCACCAACCGAUCAAAUUCAAAACAACAAACCCAAAGGGCUUUUGCCACUAAAAGUGCUUAUUUUUGCAAUUAUCGCACGUGCUUAUAACUUCAACGCAUACUUGCACCCUCAUUUCAUAUUAGUCCUCUAUUGCUGCCACUUGUACCUUGGCCUAGAGCUUUUACUAGUCCUUGUUGCUUCCACGGUUAGAACCGUUUUUGGGUUUGAGAUACAACCACAAUUCAACGAACCCUACCUUUCUACCUCACUUCAAGACUUUUGGGGUCGUAGAUGGAACCUCAUGGUUACGCGUCUUCUACGCCUCACCGUAUACCACCCCGUACGCCGUAUCUCUACGCACUUUGUAGGACCCUCUUGUGCCACGUCAUCUGCCAUGCUGGCCACGUUCCUUGUGUCAGGGCUCGUGCAUGAGUUGAUGUAUUAUCACAUUACGCGCGUGCCUCCCACGUGGGAAGUCACGUGUUUUUUUGUACUUCACGGUGUGUGCACGGCGGCGGAGGUGGCGGUGAAGAGGGUGGCUCUCCGCCAAGGGUGGCGGUUGCAUGGCGCCGUGUCGGCACCGCUGGUGGUGGCGUUCUUGGCGGUGACGGCGAGGUGGCUGUUUUUUCCUCAGCUGUUGAGGAAUGGUAUGGAUAGGAAGUCAACGGAAGAGUAUGGUAUGUUGGUGGAUUUCGUUAAGUCUAAGUUACCAUUACGAGUGCUUAAUUAUGUAAUGUGAACAUUGUUAAACCAUGAAUAUAUCCUAAAGAGUUAAAACAUUAUUCAUGGUUUAACCCUCGAACUAGGAUAAUAUUAUUACUCAUAUAAAUUUUUUAGGUCGAAAAAAUUAUUUAACUGUGGAAUAAAGCUUGCUAAUUUUGAUAAAUGAUGAG